GCUGCCCUGGGGACAGUAUAAAACAGGUCAGAACCCUCUUGUCUGCUUACCCAGUUCUUCUAGAAGCAGCUGCUCCAGGAACGAAGGUGCCAUGCAGCCCCGUGUCCUCCUCGUUGUUGCCCUCCUGGCACUCCUGGCCUCCGCCCGAGCUGCAGAGGACGAGGAUUCCUCCCUUCUGGAUGUUGUGCAUGGCUACGUGAAGCACGCCUCCAAGACAGCAAAGGACGCACUGACCAGCGUGCAGGAGUCCCAGGUGGCCCAGCACGCCAGGGACUGGGUGUCAGAUGGCUUCAGCUCCCUGAAAGACUACUGGAGCAAGCUGAAGGGCAAGUUCUCCGGGUUCUGGGAUUCCACCUUUCAGCCCAAAGCAACUGCAGGCUCUGAGGCCGCCUGAGACCUUGACACCACAAGUCCACCUGCCCGUCCAUCCUGCAGGCUCUUUGGGUCCUGCAGCCUCCAGGGCUGCCCCCAAAGGUCGCUUGAAAGGGACAGCAUCCUCAGUGCCUUCUCACCCCACCCUGGACCUGAUCACCCCCAGGCAUGCUGACCUCCCAAUAAAGCUGGAUGAGAAGCUGCCG